CGCGCGGCGGCAGCGGCGCACGCGCACGGAGAGGAGGCUCCUUGCCAGACAACCCGUUGUUUUCUUAUGAUAAAGACGGCAUUUGGCUCAUGAGCAAGGUGGCGAGGUCAUCAAGUGAGUCGGACGUGCAGCUCUGGGAAACAGAAGAGGAUGACAUGACAGAAGGUGAUUUAGGGUAUGGCCUCGGAAGGAAACCUGGUGGGAUUUGUGAAGUAGAAGUUUCACAUAGGUCUAGAAAAAGAUCAGAUGGAAAGAACUUUAGCCCUCCUCCAUUUCCGAGAAAGGGAGAAGAAAGAAGUGAAGCGAGUUUUCAGUAUUACAAGCAUAAGAGCCUGCAAGAUACAUUCCCUCAAGUGUCCAGAAUGUCCAAUUACAGACGACAAAGUAGCACUGAUUCGAAUUCAGAAUUGUCAAAUGAAGAAUUAAGGCAAUGUCUUCAUGAAACUUUAGAGGAGGUAGAAAUUUUAAAAACUGAACUUGAGGCAUCUCAAAGACAACUCAGAGGUAAAGAGGAAGCAUUGAAAAUUCUUCAAAGCAUGGCAAUACUUGGCAAAGCCACAAGUCAUACGCAGGCAGUGCUUCAAAAAACUAUGGAACAAAACAGAUCCUUGAAGAAGGAAAUAAAUGCGUUGCAGUGGGAAAUAGAAUUUGAUCAUAAUAGAUUUAAAAAUAUAGAGGAAUCUUGGAUCCAAAAAUAUGACAGGUUUUUUCCAAGAGGAAAUAGGAAUCCGACUUCAGUUGCAAAGUUAAGAUGCUUUUCCAUACACGGAAAUGACAUCAUCUCAUCUAUAUGUGAUGUUGGGGUAACUAGAUUGGAUACGGCUGGAGUUAGGCUUCAUAAUGAAUAUUUUCUCAUAUGGCCCUUCCUAGUUUUGAAUCAACAGUAUUUGGAGGCCCUUGCCAUGCUUGACGUCAAACAGCAGAAGAUGGCUCAGGAAAACAUGUGCUGUGAUAAAAGUGGCUUUGCAGAGGCUUCAGGUCUUGAGCUUGCAGUCCUCGGAGCCUGCCUUUGUCAUGGGCCCGGAGGGAACCCCUGUUCUUGUGCCAGAAUGGCAGCGUCCACUCGGAAACUGCUUCUUCAGCUCAAACAAGAGUUGGAACUUUUGCAGAAGAGUAAAGAAGAAGCUUACAUGAUGGCAGAUUCUUUCAGAAUUGCAUUUGAGCAACAAUUAAUGAGAAAAAAUGACCAGGCACUACAAUUGACACAAAUGGCUAAAAUGUGUAAAAAAGCAACAAAAUGGAUGAAUUGGAAGCACCUUAAAGAGGAUGGAUUUCCAUCACCAAGGAGUAAGAAGACCUUUGGGCAGAGACUCCUGGGUAUGCUCCCUUCAGAAAACAGUUCUAAGAGGAUGGAAGACCAGGACAGUCCUCAAGAGGUCCUUAAGAUGCUCAUAGAUUUGCUGAAUGAUAAAGAAGCAGCUUUGGCUCAUCAAAGAAAAGUUAGUUACAUGCUUGCUCGGGCACUGGAAGACAAGGACACUGCCUCAAAAGAGAAUAAAGAAAAAAAUCCUAUAAAAGAGAAUUUCCCUUUCAACAACCGCCGGCAUAAGACUUCAGAAUUCUCUGUUUUGGGUGAUCCUGUACAUUCAAGUGUCCACAUUUCAAAUUCUGUGGGCUGCAUUUGUUCAAUCCAGCACUCUCAAAUAGAUGCAAACUAUAGAACUCUUAAAAGAUCCCAUUCUUUGCCAUCAAAUAUCAUAUUUUAAAGACAAGCCAGUUGAAAUUGGAACUGAGAGUUGUUUAUAUCAAGAGACUUUGAAAAAUGAUUUUGUAAAUUUUGCUGCAUCUUGAGAAGUUGUAUGUUUCCUAGGUAUUUCUAAAUUUUAGGAGGUCGCUUAAAUAUUUUCUACAUUUUCUUUUUCUUCUUUUGAGAUGGAGUCUCGCUCUGUCGCCCAGGCUGGAGUGCAGUGGCGUGACUCGGUUCAUUGCAACUUCUGCAUC